AUGUUUACUUUCGAAUAUUUAAAUACAAAAUGGGAAAAUUUGGAGAUUUUAAUGGAUUUAUUUGAAAUUUUUAAUGAAUGUAGUAAAAUACCCGAGGAAUGUUUUUGUAUGGAAUUAAAUAAAAAAUAUGAGGAAAAAACAAAGGAAUUGGUAAAGAAGAAAAUUGAUGAAUUUUUAUUUAAUUAUAUUUAUGAAAAAUUAAAAAUUAGAGUUGGCCGUUAUAUAUAUAUAAAGAAGUUUUGA